ACGAGAGUCGAAGAAACCGAGACGAAAAAAAGAACGAAUUGCCUCUUUUUUCCCCCCACAGACUGAUUGAAAUGAUACAUUUCCGGUAGGCUGGCCCACGACCACUUGUGGUGAGUUUCCGCUUCUAUUAUGACGUCCCGUUUGGAAUGUUUACGCUGGUCUAUGAUAGCUCCAGGCUAACGUAACUGGGUGGAGACGACCACGCGGAUUGCGUGUCAGGAUUUAGUCGUUUCAAGGAGGGGCAGGAAGUUUCAAAGAGGCUGACCUCGUCCCAGACUCAUCUCUGUGUGGUGCAGAAGAAGACAAAAAGCGACCCACGUCGUCCCAGCUUCCACCAGGCAAGCUCUCGGCUCGACAUGGAAGAAACUCUCAGGAGCAACGCCGAAUGGAAAGAAACGCAGUCCGAUUUGGAGCGGAAGGAGUCGCGGUCCGCCCAAGUCAAAGAGGAAGACGAGGAGGCUGCUGUCAGCGAGUUGCCUCUGUCUGAUGUCUCGGUGAAGAGCGAAGACGAACGGCCCGAGCAGCCGCGGCUCCCACCGCCGUCAGACCGUCACCGCGCGCAAGAACCCCGGAGCAGCAACGCGGACCGCGAAAGCGACGACAAACUGUCAAGCUGCUCCGAAAAGGAGAUGACUCGCGGCAGCGAGAAAAGGUCGCGGGGCCCCGAGAAACGCGUGACCUGCUCACUUUGCGAUAAAAGUUACACCAAAAAAUCCACGUUGAAUCGACACAUGAGAACGCACACGGGAGAAAAACCCUUCAGUUGCUCGGAUUGCGGCGCCACGUUCUCAAGAAAGCAAAGUUUGGUCACGCACAUGCGAACGCACACGGGAGAGACACCCUUCUGCUGCGCCGUUUGCGGCAAAAGCUGUGUUACGAGACAAACUUUGGAAGCGCACGUGCGAAUACACACUGGCGAGAAACCCUACGGUUGCUCAUUUUGCGGCAAAGAGUUUUCUCGCAGCGGCCCGAUGCUCAGACACAUGAGAAUACACACGGGGGAAAAACCUUUCGGUUGCUCGGUGUGCGGGAAAAGCUUCUCGCAAAAGGGAAGCAUGCAGUCGCACAUGCGGACGCACACGGGAGAAAAGCCCUUUAUUUGCUCGACGUGCGGCAAAACCUUCUCUCAAAAGGAGAACAUGAUGACGCACAUGCGGACGCACACCGGGGAAAAACCUUUCCGUUGCUCGGUUUGCAGCAAAGCGUUCACUCAGAAAGGAAGUAUGGAAUCGCACGUGAGAGGCCACGCCGGCGUGAAGCCCUUUCGCUGCUCAACUUGUGGGAAAUUCUUCUCUAAAAAGCCCCAUCUGGUAUCUCACAUGAGAACGCACACGGGAGAGAAACCCUUCGGUUGCUUAGUGUGUGGUGAAAGCUACGCUCAUAGCGCCAGCUUGACGCAACACAUGCGGAAACACAACACGGAGAAAGAAUAAAUGUCUUUUGGGCCCCUUCGUGACAUUCAAGCCUGAGUUGAAGUCGAUGGAAUCAAAUUGGGUUUUGUUGUUGUUUUUUGUCUAAAAUGUACGCAUUUGUUCUCGUAAGUGGUAUAAAUACUACGCGUGUUGUCAAAAGUCGCGUUUCAUGUGGAUUUUGUGCUCUUCGCGGCACCCCUUCCGUCCAUCGGUCUCCUCACGUUGUCAAUACCGUCCCAAGAUGGCGACCGUGUGACGUCACGAACGAUGCGCUCAUAAAGAUCUGCAAAAUUGCAAGGGAAAAAACGGAACGGAAGUGAUCAAAAUCAGUGGUCAUAUUAAAGUACCGGCGGGGGGG